UUUUCUUUUUCAAUUUACUAUUUCAAUUUUUAAUUUAUGAAGUGCUCGCGGGCCUUAUCUCAUUUAUUAUUUUUUAUCUGUCAUUCAAAAUUAAUAAUUUAAUAUAAUAUUCAAUAAUUUUGAAAAACAUAUUAUUUUAAAUUUAAAUAUUAAAUUAAACUAUUAUUUUUUAUAUCGGUGACAUAUAAUUAUUCGUAUGAUGUAAGUAGUAGCAACGAGUAGAGAAAUUUAAAGAUGGCUGCAAUUAAGUUUGGAUCACAUUUAAAGGAAUUGAGAAUUCUUUUAUGUCAAACAUCAAAGUCAAGUGAAGGAGUUAGAGAUUUCAUAAAACAGCAGUAUGUUUCUAUAAAAAAAAAUAAUCCUAAAUUUCCUAUUCUAAUUCGGGAAUGUUCGUUAACCGAGCCAAGAUUAUUUGCACGUUAUGAAUACGGAGUAGAACAACAAAUAUCACUGAAUAAUUUAAAGUCAGAAGAAAUACUCGAAAGGCUAAAACAACUAGUAUCUACAAAACCAUGAAUAUAUUCUAAUUUAUAAAAUAGAUAUGUAUAUCACAUAAUUGUUGUUUAGUUGUCAAAUAAAUUAGUUAUUAUAAAUGAAAAA